AUGGGGAAUCCAGGUGCUCUUCUCCUCCUGCUGGCAGUCGCUGCCAGCCAGGUCGACCUUCUGUCUGCUCAAACUGUCAUUACUGCUUCUGACGAGGGGGACAUCAGCUCAUGUCCCAUCACUUUUUACGGACGCGAAGCCACAAAAUAUAAGAUCUUUGCUACUUUCCUCAACUUUGGUGGACAAGCAGCUCUGGGUAUUGCAAUCGGUUCUGCAUUUGCUGCAGACACAAUUAGCUUGUCUGCAAAGGCUAAAACCACAACAAUGGCUUCAAUAUCAUUUUCUAAAAAUGUAGAUCCCAUUGACAUGUUCGUGGACCUGAGCGGAUGCAGACUCUCAAAUGCCCCUUUUAUACUUCGUACAGCCUAUGAGAUUCCCAACUCAGACACCUGCUCCAGCACCAUCUGUAAUGAGAAAGCAGUUCUGUCUUCUGUCAGUUCAUGUGGAGCCCGGGAGGUUUGCCUGGGCAGCAACAAAUGCGCUCUGCCCACUCUCGUGUGCACUGUGACCGGCCACACUGUCGUAGAUUUCUUUGACAGAGACCUCUCUGUCCCUGAUCGGUGUGUAUACGGUCUGAUGAAGUCUACAGAAACCCCUGCUUUUGAGCUGUUUGCGGGUUUCCGGGAGAGACGCCGUGAAGAUGUGGCGCUUUUAGACUACUUGAUCCUAUCACUGACAGAGCCAAGUGCAAAGAUCUAUCUGGAACAAGGUGGAAGAGUUCGGGUUAAUGACCAAGUACUAACGCUCAAUGCCACAGUUCAGACGGUUAACGGUGUGCAGCUCUCAAAGGACCAGUUUGGAGUUACUGCCUAUUUAACUUCCGCCAAGGCCACAAUCAUUUUUGAUGGCGACUCUGCAUAUGUGACAGGUCGUUUUGACAAAGUAGAGGGCUUGUGUGGCAGCAGCACCAAUUCAACCAAGACCACCACCACGAGCGCAGAGAAGUCCCUUUCUUACAGUGCAGCCAAAUGUGACAGUACGUACAGCGGUCCAUCUGACCCUACGAUCGACUGCAGCGCCUCGACCAAAUUCUGUAAUCUCCUGAGCCAGGCACCCUUCACUGCUUGCCACAGCCACAUUGCCCCGGGGCCCUUCAUUAAAACCUGCACAGACACUUUGUGCAAAUACCCAUCUGUGGACGGCAUCAACUGCCAGUUUUUGGAGGCGUACGCCACGUCCUGCUUUCUGAAAAGCAACCUCGUGCUCGGGGACUGGUGGUCAAAGGCCAGCUGCUCUGCACCUUCUAACCCCUGUCUGGACCUGUACUGCAGUACUAAUGAGUUCUGCGGUGAGACGUUCGGUGACACCAGCUGCGUCUGUCGGGCCACUUUUGCCUCCAAGUACAAAGCAACAAACAGUUUGGGUGAUCCGACUGUCUGCACUCAGGACUCUGCCGCUCUCACUCUGGCUGGGUGUCUGCUGCAGGAAAAAGGCAUCGACUACACCGCCUUGCACCUCAAUGACCCAACCUGCACAGGUCACAUGGACAGCAAGACCCACAUGGUGACUUUCAGCUUCGACAGCACCGACGCGUGCGGGGUUAAGGUUACGACGAACGGCAGCCAAGUCAUCUACAAGAACACCAUCAUGACGAGAAACGCCUCCGUGGACACCGUCAUCACACGCGGCAACCAAGUGGAGAUCGACUUCUCCUGCUUCUACACCCAGCCAGAUCUGAAGAAUGUGGCCUUCUUGAUCAAGGACGGCUCGGUGGUGCAGCAGAUUGUAUCUGGAGCUUGGAAUUACACUCUGAAGAUGAACGCCUACUCAGACGCCGGCCUCACACAGCUUGUCGGGCCGACCACUAAGAUCGGGCUGAACCAGAAGAUCUGGAUGGCGCUGAAGACAGAGGGGCUGGACGACAACAUGGUCGCAGUGGUGACCGACUCCUGCUGGGCGACCAGCGAGUCAUCCCCUGAUAGUGUGCCAAGAUACGAGCUCAUCACUAAGGGAUGCAAAAACCCUGCUGACAAGACCGUGAACAUAAACGGAAACGGGGUGGGAACGUCCAACGCCUUCUCUUUCAACAUGUUCGAGUUCGCCGGGAAGAGUAGUGAAAUCUACCUGCACUGCAAACUGCAGCUGUGCGUCACACAGGGGAAAUCCUGUGUCCCGAAAUGCGGCGGCGGUGGAAACAGGAAGCGCAGAACUGCAAGGAUUGAAUAUGCAAAUGAAACCCCGGCCCUCAUCACUAUGGCCUGGACCAAUUAGGUGAUUCCUGAAGCUGGGUCCUAAUAAGGAGCCUGAAAUCUCACUGGUCAUGAAAUCAUUGCUGUGAAACAAGAGAUGAUUGUCAUAACACUGUUUUUCGUUUGGCCCACCAGAGAUAUAAUACGUUAUUCCUGCAGAAUCCAUGCUCAUUUAAUCCAAUGACUCAUGCAAAUAAUUAAUGGGAUUUUGAGGUGAAACAUAAUCUUUAGUGAAAUAUUAGAUGUGAAGAGAAGUGUGUAAUGAAGAAGGGUGAAGAAGAAAGUUUAUCAAGAGGAGGGAAAAUACUGAUGAAAAUGGUGAUGAUUAGUAGAUUGAAGUUUCUAUUAAUCAAGUUUGUCAGGUAAAGCUGUAAAACAUGCUGUUGUACCAUCAUUACAUUAAUAUUGUGGUUGUUGUUGUUGUUGGCAAAGAAAAAACAAAAAUAAUAAUAAAGGGAGUGGGUUAAUACACACAUGAGUUUGCUUCAUUUAUUCAUCUUCUUUUCUCUUUUUGGCAUCAAACCCUAUUUGUUUGCUUUUUAUUGGUGUGGGGGGGGGCAAAGUCCAGAGUUAGUAGGCUCAGAUGUUGAUCUUCAGAAGGCCUAAUGAAGGAGCUUAACAUCAAAUAUUAAAGAAGUGGCCUAUUUAUUACUUACAUGGUUGAGACAAUUUUUACCAUCUACAA